GCCUCUGCGCGCAGGCAGCAGGAGCCUGGUCCUAGGACGGCGGUCGGUCCCCUCCUCUCCUGUGGGUGGCGCCCUUUCCAGUCGGGCUCGGACCAUUUAAUGCACUUUCGUGUGCAACAAAGUACCGAGCUGGGAAGCUAGCGAGCGGAGAAAAGCGGCCGUUCCAGAGUGUCUCCGCAGCGUUUUUUAAUCAGUUUCUUGUUAUUUGAAGGCCUUCGCGUGUAUGUUGGAGGGUAAUUACAAACGAGGAUUGACGCGGGUCAGCGUUGGACGCCUUGCGGGGGAGCGCGGAGCCUUUUGACCAGAAAGGCAGGCGUAGCGUUCGCGAGCUGGCGCAGAGCAGGAGGAACCAGAGCGACGUAGCGACUCGGUGAGCCAAGGGGAGACGGGAGGACCACGGCACAGCCGCCGCCAGCGCCACGGGGAGUCGGGGCCCGAGAGGGAGCCUGCCGGGCCCUCGCCUGGAUGCGCCCUGUCUGCCGAGAUGGGGGAGACCAAGAUUAUCUACCACCUCGACGACCAGGAAACGCCGUAUCUGGUGAAACUAUCGGUGCCGGCGGACAAAGUCACUCUGGCAGACUUCAAAAAUGUCCUCAAGAAACCAAAUUACAAAUUCUUCUUCAAAUCUAUGGACGAUGACUUCGGUGUUGUAAAGGAGGAAAUAACUGACGACAACGCUAAGUUGCCCUGUUUUAAUGGACGUGUGGUCUCAUGGUUGGUCUCUGGAGAUGGAGCCCACACAGAUGCCGGCUCAGUAGCAGAUAGUAUAGAGCCAACACCACCUUUGGAGAGAACUGGGGGCAUUGGAGACUCCAGACCACCGUCCUAUCAUGGGAAGGCAGCAAGUGGCCGUGACAGUUUGGACAAUGACACAGAAACCAGCUCUAUGGUGUCCCAGAGGAGAGAGCGCGAGAGGCCUCGACGGAAACACACCAACGAGCCUGGAGGGAGGCAGAACGGCUACUCAUCACGGGCGAUGGGGCGCGGGGGCCCAGAGUACGACAGCUGCUCAUCCUUCAUGAGCAGCGAGCUGGAGUCCACUUCCUGCUUUGAUUCGGAGGACGAUGACGCAACCAGCAGGUUUAGCAGCUCCACUGAACAGAGCUCCUCUCGGCUAAUGAGAAGACACCGCCGUCGCAGACGGAAACCUAAAGCCUCCAAUAUGGACAGGUCUUCAUCAUUUAGCAGCAUCACGGACUCCACCAUGUCCCUCAACAUCAUCACUGUCACUCUUAACAUGGAGAAGUACAACUUCUUGGGGAUCAGUAUAGUUGGUCAGAGUAAUGAGAGGGGAGAUGGAGGAAUCUACAUUGGCUCCAUCAUGAAGGGAGGAGCGGUGGCUGCGGAUGGACGCAUAGAGCCUGGGGACAUGCUGUUGCAGGUCAAUGACAUCAACUUUGAAAACAUGAGUAAUGAUGAUGCAGUUCGAGUACUGAGGGACAUUGUGCACAAACCAGGGCCCAUUACUCUGACUGUGGCCAAGUGUUGGGACCCAAACCCUCGGAGCUGCUUCGCUCUGCCAAGAAGCGAGCCAAUCCGACCCAUUGACCCAGCUGCAUGGGUGUCCCACACGGCGGCAAUGACUGGGGUGUACCCUCCAUAUGGCAUGAGUCCUUCCAUGAGCACCGUCACCUCCACCAGCUCCUCCAUCAGCAGUUCUAUCCCUGAGACUGAAAGAUUCGAUAAUUACCACCUUUCUAUCCGUAGCGACAUGGCAACUGUUGCUAAGGCAAUGGCGUGCCCAGAGUCAGGUCUGGAGGUGCGGGACAGGAUGUGGCUCAAAAUAACCAUUGCUAAUGCUUUUAUUGGUUCUGAUGUGGUGGACUGGCUCUUCCACCAUGUGGAAGGCUUCUCAGAUCGCCGUGAGGCCCGUAAAUAUGCCAGCAACCUCCUGAAGGCCGGUUACAUUCGACACACUGUUAACAAGAUCACCUUCUCCGAACAGUGCUACUAUGUGUUUGGAGACCUCUGUGGCAACAUGACUCACCUGUCGCUUCAUGACCAUGAUGGUUCCAGUGGAGGAGCUUCAGAUCAGGAUACUCUGCCGCCUCUGCCUCACCCUGGGGCAGCCCCUUGGCCCAUGCCCCUCCCUUACCAGUUCCCAAUCCCUCACCCGUAUGACCUGCCACAGCCUUUCCAUGGCGGACCAGGUGCUGGCAGUGCAGGAAGCCAACACAGUGAAAGCAGUGGUUCAAACUGCAGCAAAAACGAGGGUCGAAAGUCUGGCGGCAGUGGCAGUGAACCCGAAAUCAGAAGCCGAGCUCCAAGUGAGCGCUCGGUGGCGCCCCCCAGUGAGCGAAGUGUCCGCAGCUCCGUCAGCCACCGCAGUGCCAACUCUCACUCGAUAGCCUAUGGGCCCGGUCUCAUGUACGGCCCCCCGGGCCUGCCUCCACAGCCUCCACAUCUGUCCACAGCUGCACCCGGGGCGCCACAGGGCAGAGAGCUCGCCUCUGUGCCGCCCGAGCUCACCGCUUCACGGCAGUCUCUGCGCAUGGCGGUGGGCAAUGCCGGAGAGUUCUUUGUCGACGUGAUGUGAGGGCCAUAGGCUGAUAACAGAGUAGCAGAUUAAGGAGACACACAUACAGUCAGGAGGGAGGGAAGAUUGCAAAAGCUGUACCCCAAGGCCUUGACUCCACUUUCCUAGAAGCCGAAACGGAACCAAGUGUUCCUCUUCUCUUGUGCUUUUAUUCCUAGUAGUAGUGGUCAUACUUUUCUUCAGUGAAGAAACCCCCUCGCUCCACACGGAACCAAAGCGCCUUUCUCAGUUUCUGCUCCUCAGCAGGGGAAGAAUUUGUGAGGACAAAGAGCAAGAGAAAGGGAAGGAGGGGAGGCAGUGGAAACGGGCAGCUGGGGAUGAUGACUCAGCGCUUUUCUACAUGGAUGUUUUUUUCAUUUGUUCUUGUGCUCACGCCCCUGUUCUGUCCUCCCCCACUGCUGUCCAUGUCAACACUUUGUGAAAAAGAAGCAUCUUCCUUCCUAUCUUAUUUUAUACAGCCCCCCCCCCUGGCUGACCUCUAACAAGAAAAACAAUUAAAGAAAGCUGAACUGAACACUAACUGUUAACUUUAUUCAGACCUUUUUAAAUGUUUGCUUGAUUUAAGACAGAGAAAGAAAUUUAAAAAUUGUAUGUAGUGCAAGAGAGUCACAGUCUUUACUGUAAGAAUGCUUUUGUUUCAUUAUAUAGGUAGUUGGUCUCAACUGAUUUCCUUUUUUCAACGCUAAACUUGAGCAUCCAGCUUCAAAAGUCAUUUUACAUUACACAACUGCGUUGUCAUCUUUUAACAAGAGCAUUUUCAGACUCUGUCUUGUGAUAAUGUAUAGUGGAAGAAUUUCUUACCAUGUGUUUCACACUACUCUUUUACCAAGGAAAAAAUGUCUUUUUAUUUAUAAAUAUAGUUUUAUGACUUAAA